GUGGUCGUCCUCUGAAAUCCCUAAAAUUGAAAUCCCUAAAAUCGGAGGAAAAAAUAUAUUGAUCCUAGGGUUAUCGACUCUUCUCAACCUCGCCAUGGACAUGGGUAUGUUCAGUCAGCCACCUCCCGUCUACGGAGCCUUGCAAGGGAUGAACUUUUUUGCUUCUAAUCCUGAGAUGAAAGCCUUUUUUGAGAAACCAAGACGCAGUUGGGUUAUUGACGUUGAGGGCUUCGACACUUCUCUUCCUGCGGAUGAGAUGGAGGAGGCGUUGAUCAAUCAUUUCAAGUCAUGUGGAGCAAUCCUUAGGGCUUCUGUCCGGAGACAUCCUGACAACGGCCUUGCUACUAUCGUCAUGGUCGGAGACGACGCUGAUGAGAAGGUGAUGCAACUUAAUGGAACUGAAUUGGGAGGAAAGAAACUUGUUGUUAAGGCCAGGCCACUGAGACUUUUGCUUGAGGAUCACAAUUCACAAAUCCAAAUUCUCCUCCUCCUCCUUAGGCUCUCAGUGAGGGGGAUGCCUCACUACUUCUGCUUCAACUAUUGCAAUAGCAACAUGCCUAUCCGUGGUGCUUCUGCUGAUAAUAUAUCUCCUACCCCUUCCCGAGUUGUAGCUCUGUCCUCUUCAUUGUUUCCUUUGCUUCUGCUUCGGUCUCUGUGUAGUUUUCUUCCUCUUGGACAGAUUCCCAGAAUUGUUGCACCGUUUCCUCUAUUUUCUACACAAGGUUUUAGGUGCUCAGUCUCAGGAUUGUCUUCUUAAACCUGAUGAUCCAUGAUUUUCAUGUACUGCGAAACUCUCUUCUGAGAAGGAGGCUACUUGUGCCGCUGCAACCGCCUACUUGUGCAUACGUACCUCCCUUGUUUGGACAUUGCUAAAUAAAUGCAUACAUACAUC